CGUAGGCAUCCCUCCCCUUCCAUCUGGAUAAAAGCCCGGAAGGGAGCGAGUAGGGGAGAUGAAGAGGUAGGGAUCCUUUGGAUCACUGUGGUCAGGGUCGCGAGGCGGGGCUGGUCAGGAGCCAGCCAAGAGUAGACCCACAUCAGCUUCCUUCCUCCAUCAACCUCUCAAAUCCCAAUGAGGUCACUGAAAUGAAAGAGAAUCAGACCAAGAGAGAGGGGGAGGAAGAGGACGACGACGAGGGAGAAGAAACCCAGACGGGGAAAGGCCAUCAGACAAGGUCGCUUUUUCUGGCGACACAGCAACAGCGAGGAGCGUGGUACUGAAUAUAUCCGCCCGCUCAGCCUGGGGACUGAAGGACUCGCAGAAGCACUUUGUGUUACCACGAAAACAAAGGAGAGGAGACGAGAAGGAGAGAGAGAGGGAGAGAGAGAGAGAGAGAGAGAGAGAGAGGCGCUCUGAGCAGUUCCGCUUUGGAUCUCCGGGAAGCAAGGUUCAUCUCCUCCGCCAGGAAAGAAAGGGAGGGGAGCCUGCUGAAGGGUCUGGGAGGUUAGAAGCGAGCAGGUUUCCUGCAGAGACUUGGGAAGCGGCAGAACUCUGGACAGCGCCUCGCGAGCGGGGCUCCUUGCUCCUGGUUCCUCCAGGUUUCUGGCUGCCUCUUGAAAGAAAGCCCUUCUACCGGUGCACUCUCUUCUCCUGGACUCCGACCACCGAACCAAGGAAAAUUCUACGAUUCCUGCCUGAACGUACCAGGGGGUGGAACGACUGACUCUUUUGCUCUGGCCCAGUCCGGGAAGAGGGUCUCCGGUUCUGGAAAUCUAGUCCUUGUGGAUAAUGCUUCGCUGGUGAAGAAAGAAAAGUUUUGGGGUCUGGUAGGGGGCGGAAGGGGUAAGGAGGGUAGUGGAAGGAAGAAGGUGGAUGGUUGGUUUCCCUCUCUGAUCUGGAAGGAAUGAUGACCGAGGAAGGAUGUGCACCAGCGGCCAGAUUAUUGGGAGCCUCUUGGUGCUCUCUGUGCUGGAGAUAGGGCUGGGGGUAUCCAGCGUGGCCGUGGGGGCGGUCAGCUUCAGCCUGGCCCUCCGAGAGCACAAGCCGCAGCUCGGAGACUCGUCCCCGGUAUGGAGCGGGGUGUGUUUCCUUCUUUGUGGCAUAUGUGGAAUAUUGUGCGCCAAAAAAAAAUCUGGACUUGUCAUGAUCCUUUUCUCUGCCUGCUGCAUCUGUGGACUCAUUGGGGGCAUCCUGAAUGUUCAGUUCCUUCGGGCAGUGACAAAGAAAACCUCUUCCCUCUAUCCUCUGCAUCUUGCCUCCAUGUCCCUUGCGUGCAUCGGGAUCGGCGGCUGCACCCUCUCUUCCUGGCUAACUUGUCGACUAGCCAGCUACGAACAGAGGAGGAUGUUUUCGGAGAGGGAGCACUCGCUGCACCACUCUCAUGAAAUGGCUGAGAAAAGAUUGAGGGCUAUUGAAAUAACCGACUUGCCCAGCUGCCCGGUGGUGCCCCCGACACCAGAGUUACCUACAAGGAAAUGACAGACAACAUGAGCAAUGGAGGACCACAACUGAUAUUUAACGGAAGAGUAUAAUCAAUGUUUUAAAGAACUGAACAUUUUUUAGGAUUUUCAUGAGGAAAGGAAAUACCAAAGGAGUAGGGGAUAAAAUUAAAGCAGUUCUUAUAUUUGCUGUUUUCCCUCAUGGGCACCCAGUAUAAUCAUUCUCCCUCAGUUUGCCUCACUUACUUCUUCAGCAUUUUUUUUUUCUUUUUGGGUAAGAACCUUCCAGAAAUGUUCUGGUGCAGUAAUUUGAACAGACAUUCCAGACUGUUCUAAAGACUUUUCAGGAAAAAAAAAAAAAAAGGAAUAAACAGAAAGAAAAAUUCAUAUUCUACAAAAACACUAUUUUACUAGCAUGAGUAUUAAAUUUGUAAUGACAUAUUUCAUAUAAAUAAUCAAAGUACAAAUAUCAAGAAAUAACAAUAAGUUAUUUAUGUCUUUGUUUUGAAAGACAGUGGCUUCAAGAACACCACAAUUCAAAACCUCAGUAAUGCCUUGUUGUAAAAACAUUAAAAUUAUUUCCAAUUUGUGAAUGAACUAUAUUUCAUAAUUUAUUUGUAAAUGACAAAAAAACCCUAAAGCAUAAAGAAGAAAAUUUUUUUAGAGAGAGACCAUACUAAUCUGUAUGAUAUUUUUGCAUUUUUGCACAAGGGUGAAAAGUUAUAAAUGAAUAUCAUUUAAGGAAAAUAAAUAUGUUUUGAUUAUACUGUGCAGAUUGAUCUGCAUGUUCAUGAAUGAGCCUAAGAAUAAAAUAACACAUGUGUGUAUGUGUGUGUAUAUAUACUGUAAAUAUAGAAAAUAUAUACAGCAUAUAUUUAUAGCAUACAUGAAUGUAAAUAGAUAAUCAAAAAGAGAUUGUAAUGCUGUUGGGGUAUUAUCAGGAUUCUAUUCCCAAAGAGAUGGGAAAGCAAUUUUUCAAGGCUUUUCUAUGCCCACAAAAUCACAUGUUUGAUUUCUACUAAAUUUGUUCAUUUUUAUUCUUUUUAUUAUGUCUGCUGUGUGUAAAUAUCAUUGUGACUGAUAUUUAUGGAGUUGAGUGAUCUGAAUAGUGUAGUAUAAAGAUAGAUUACUUAUCUGGCUAUUUUACUAUUAAUGGCAUUUCUGUAAUAACAAUGAUUAAUACUGAUUUAUAAACAUAACUUUAAAUCACAUACUUCCACAUUUAUUAAUAUAGACAUAAUGACUUGUGAUUUUCAUGAUACUUACAUUUCAAACACUUUGCAGCCAAUUAAAUUAUAUAAAAGGACAGAUGAUGUAUGCCCAAAAGGUAAAGUUAUAAUUUGCUUUGCUAGAAUUUAAUUUAGAUCUUUUUAAAAUUUUAUAAUUUAUGAAAAUAAUAUAAACAGACAUUAUAAACAUUUUUAAGAAUAUGUACAUCCAAAGAACCUGAAAGAGGUCUUUGUAGGAGGAAAUAAAAAGAUAGGCUUACAUUUAUGUAGUUAGAUUCAGUCCUUCUUUUCCACAGGGAAAUGUUAAAAUAGCCACCUGUGACAAUAUGAGUAAGCAAGAAAAUAGCAUGGUCUUUGAAAAUAUUUAUGAGAACACAACCUCUGAUAACAGAUAAAGAAAUCUAAUAUUUUAAAAUAUGUGGUUUUCAUUGUAUUGGAUACUUUCAUUUUUCCCCAAAGCUAAUCAAUUUUCAGGUCAUUUGUAUGAGUUACUAAUUAACCACAGGUAAAUUCAACCAUUAAUACUCAGGAUGAGAACAUGUUAUCAUUUAGAAACAAAAUAUGGGUUUUAAUUAUGAUAACAAAAUAAUAACUCCAGUUAAUGGAAAUCUGAAGGUCUUCUAGUUUUAGAGUAUCGUGAUCAUCACCUACCCUAUUUAAGUUGACUCAUAAAAAAAAUUCUGGCUGUAGGUAGUCAAAAGAAAUAGCUGGGCUAUGGUUGUUUGCUGUAGUGCUUGAAAGCUCCUAACUCAUAUGAAUAACUUCAGUAUCCAGUAGAUUACAGAAGUUGCCCAUAAAUGCAACCUCAAAUAGUGAAUUAACAUUAUCACUGUUCUUUUGAUGCCAUCAACAGGCAUAAUCUUUAUCACUGAAAAUCUAAACUGUAGAUGCAGAUAUUUUAUAUAUAUAUAGCUCUACUGAAUUUACUCAAGGAUGUAGUUUUGUACUGAAGGAAUAACCACUGACUCUAGGUGGCAUUUCUUUGUAGACAUAUUUGUAUAAUACAGAGUUCUAAUACAUCAGUAAGAUGUUUUAAUGCCUUUUGAAAUAAUUUAUGAAAUCACCCAUCAAAGGACAAAGUAGGCAUAUCACUGCUUCAAUAUAGAGUUAAGAAGAGAUGCAAUCAUGACAGUUACCCAAAUAGGCUACCAUGUAUAUAACCGGACAUAGAUACGUCUUUAAAUGUAGUUCUUUUAACUCAAUAUUUUCAGGGCUCGGUUAUUUAGAAGGGAUUUAUUUGGGAUGUAGAGUGAUUCUUUCUGAGAUAAGUAGGGGACGUUUGGAAGACAUUGUUCAAGUACUUGAAAAUUCAACUUUCACAAUAAAUUGAUCUAUGAACUAGAAUACUUUAAGUGACUACAUUAUAGUUUUAGUAUGAGCCUACCCUUGGGGGAAAGUAAAUGAAGAAACAAAAUAUGUGACACUAGUGUGGUGGUGUGCUGUAGAAACUAGCUACAAAAAGGUGAAGUUAUUGUAAGCAUAAAAGAAUAAAAGUGGAUUCUGCUUGGAAACUUAAACGUGUGUGUGUGUGUUUAAACACACACACACAUACACAGUUGUUUAGAAGUGGAACAUGGUAUGAUGACUCUAUUGAUGUGUCUAUGUAAUAAAAUGGUGUGUUUUGAAACUGCAUAUGGUGUGAACUCUCUUUUCAUCAUAAUAGAAAAAAUAGUUUCCCCCACUAGGUUCUGGGGGACAGAAUUAUCCCCUAGAUUGGCAGAGGUCGGGGUGCUGUGAAUGAAGAGGAGAGAGUCCCAGCUAGUGGAUAUGGAAUUCAGACAGGGUAUUUUCUGAGACAGGAAAUGUAGAGAAGGAGUGGUUGAAGAUGCAG